AUGCCAGAGAAACAGUACGAUGUCAUUGUAGUUGGCGCCGGGCUGAGUGGUCUUCAAGCAGCGGUCAGUAUCCAGGACGCUGGCCUAUCCUGCAUCGUCCUAGAAGCCCGUGACCGUGUGGGAGGGAAAACAUGGUCGGUUCCUCUCGCAAACGGGAGAGGCACCGUCGACAUUGGAGCAGCUUGGAUCAACGACACGAAUCAAUCGCACGUCUAUGCGUUGACGAAGCGGUUUGGGAUUGAGCUUGUGCAGCAAAACACAAAUGGCGACUGUAUUUUUCAAGAUAUCGAUGGCUCUACACACGCAUUUCCGUACGGCACUUCACCAAAGUUUUCUGAUGCCCAUGUCACAGAUCUGGAGAGGAUCAGGGACAUCAUCCACGAUUUGUCUGUAGCCUACGGGUCCAAGGCCAGCAGUGUUGAGAACUAUGACCAAAUGUCUUUGGAGCAAUUUGCUAUCAGUAAAGGAGCAACGAAGCGGACCGUCGAUAUGCUAAAGGUUUGGUCUCGAGUGAUGCUCGGAAUCGAGGCACCAGAUCUGAGUGCGCAAUUUUUUAUCGAAUACGCCGGUAAAGCUGGGGGAUUGAAGCAACUAACAGCAGCAGGAACACAAGCCAUCGCCAUCGGCCUCGCCGCUCUCCUCAAACCCAACACCAUCCGCCUCUCCACGCCGGUGUCCUCCAUCACAGACAGUGGAUCAUCCGUAACAGUAACCACCAAGACAGGCCAAACCUUCGAAUCCACCAAACUCGUCCUCAGCAUUCCCACACCACUGUACGUAGACCUCACCAUCUCGCCUCCCCUCACUGGCACCAAAGCCACAGCCACCUCGUCCACCACACACGGCUACUACAGCAAAGUGAUCCUCUGCUACGACCACCCCUGGUGGACCCAAACCCCCGCGACGUCCAAAUCCUGCGGCCUCGCCAUCUCGUACCAGUCCCCCGCCGCCGUGAUCCGGGACACCUCCGUCCCCGAAGACGGGCACUACUGCCUAACCUGCUUCGUCGGCGGCGCGCCCGGAAUCGCAUGGUCCAAGCUACCGCCGCACGAGCGUCGUGCUCAGGUCCUGUCUCAGGUGUCGAACAUCUACGGGAAUCGGGAGGAAGUGUACAGACCGGUGGAGAUCUUCGAGCAGGAGUGGACGAGAGAGGAGUACAGCAAGGGCGCGCCGUGUCCGGUCAUGGGGCCGGGGGUGCUGAGUCGAGUCGGCCGGGCGCUGGCGGAGCCGGUGGGUAGCUUGUUCUUUGUCGGGACGGAGACGAGCGAGGUCUGGAGUGGCUAUAUGGAGGGGGCUAUUCGGAGCGGGCUGAGGGGUGCGGAGGAGGUGGUGGAGAGUCUGAGGGGCCAGCGGGGCGUGAGGGCGAAGUUGUAG